CCCAAGAUCAUUCCAGGAACUUGUCCCGAUUAUCUAUCAGAUUGGCCAGGAAAGGAGUUCCCAGAAUGGAAGAACUGGAUGAGCAACAAGAGGAUCAACCUCAACGUCCGUCAAAUGCGAGAGUAGAUAUAUUGCUUGGCCAAUUCCUCGCCUUCCCUUGAAGAUCUGUUUUGGCAGCAACCCACUUUUGACAACGGGACACCGUCGGCAGAAUUCCGCAUCCCUUCCCUGUCAAUUACCCCUCCACGAUAACGACACGAAGUAUCACUGCCCAUUCUCAACUCCAACGUCAGGUGAUACAAACACAAAUAACACAUUUGAUCUGGAAUAUUCAGACCGGACCUCGAAUUCGAUACCCUGGAGACACUGAGAACAAUGGCAAACUGGAAGGAGUUGGGAGAAGCCAAGCGUGACUCAGUCAACGCCUUGAUUCCCAAAGCUUGGCUCUUACCAACCCCACUUCCACCGCCCACAGAACAAAGGGAUGUCACAGGAAAAUACAUCCAGCAAUUUCUUACACCACGAGAGAUUGAAAUCACUGAAACCGAUGCUGUGGGAAUUAUCAAGAAUACCACAACUGCAACAUGGAAAGCUCGAGAAGUUGCCGAGGCGUUCUGUCACAGAGCCGCGCUCGCUCAUCAGAUGGUCCAUUGUCUUCAUGAAAUAUUCUUUGAGGCUGCUAUUAAUGAUGCCGAAUUACUCGAUGAAUACUAUGCUCAGCAUGGCAAACCGCUAGGACCCCUUCAUGGUCUUCCUAUCAGUCUGAAGGACCAAUUUCACGUUAGAGGUGUUGAGACGACGAUGGGCUAUGUUGGCUGGAUCGGUACUUUUGAAGGAAAGAAAGGCACUGGAAAAGAAAAGGUCUACGAAAGCGAGAUGGUCACUGAGUUGCGAAACCUUGGCGCCAUUUUGUUCUGCAAGACGAGCGUGCCUCAUACUUUGAUGGCAGGAGAGACGAUUAACAACAUCAUUGGUUAUACUUGGAAUCCAAAGAACCGCCACCUCGCAGCUGGUGGAAGUUCAGGCGGAGAGGGUGCAUUGAUCCGUUUGAAGGGGAGUCCCGUUGGUUUCGGGACAGACAUCGGGGGCAGUAUCCGUAUUCUGGCCGCCUUCAAUGGACUGUACGGCAUCCGGCCAUCAAGUGGACGUCUUCCCUACGAAGGAAUGGCCAACUCCAUGGACGGUCAAAACUCAAUUCUCUCAGUUGUCGGACCACUCGCAAAUUCAAUUGGAGCAUUGAAACUGGUGAUCAAAAGCCUUCUCAGCCAGCAGCCAUGGUUGCAUGAUCCAUUAGUUGCUAAAAUCCCGUGGCGGGACGAGAAGGAGCAAGAAGUUCUUGAUAUCGUCAAGGCGGGUAAUGGAGGACAACUGGUUUUUGCCAUCAUGCCCGAUGACGGAUUUGUUCGCCCUCAACCGCCUAUUCGAAGAGCCUUGGAUGUCGUCGUGAAGACCAUAGAGAAACUGGGUCACAAAGUUGUGGAUUGGAACCCCCCGGCCCAUGCCAGAUGUAACGAGUUGGUGUUCAAAAUAUGGGGAUUUGAUGGUGGAGAAGAUGUCCACACUGCUCUAGGACUUCCAGGCGAGCCGAUGUGUGCUCCAGUUGCGUCUUUCUACGGGAUCAAGAAGGAGCAAUACACCGCCUCCCAGAUCUCCGCAAUCAACGUCCUCAAACGCCAAUACCAAAAGGAGUACAUGGAAUACUGGAAUGGAACUGCCUCACACACUGGCACAGGCCGUCCUGUCGACGCGAUCAUAUCGCCGUUGGCCCCCUUUGCCGCUGCUAGACCUGAUAUGUAUGACUAUACUGGGCUUUCUGCGUGGGUAAACCUGCUUGAUUACUCGACCGCGGUCCUCCCCGUUACGCUGGUGGAUAAGAGCAUUGACGUCGUGGAUGUGGGAUAUACCCCGAAGAAUCCUACGGAUGAGAAGAUACAUCGAAGCUAUGAUCCUGAGCUUUAUGAUGGCGCUCAUGUGGCCGUGCAAGUUAUUGGGAGGAGAUUUCAGGAAGAGAAAGUGCUUACUAUCACCGAGAUCCUCGGCGAUGCUUUGGGAAAACAUGUUGUCUGA